AUGUCUGACCGACCCAGAGCCCCGGUAGCGUUCAAGCGCGACGAGGAGAAUCUCACAGCGGGCCUCCUGAGGGUUAAGAAAGACAUCGCAGACCUUGCAAGAGAAGCACCUGCAGACAUAUUCAUCGCUCUCGAAGAGGUAGACUUCUGCCGUAUCUAUGCCGUCAUUAUCGGUCCUGGAGAAACGCCAUACGAUGGCGGCAUUUUACGUCUUCCACCCACUCCUUGCUUCCGCCUUACGUGCCCGCUCGAGUACCCGAUGGUGCCGCCCAUGGUGCGCUUCCUCACCACGGACUCUGGCCGCACUCAGAUACACCCGUUUUUCUACAGGAACGGCAAUGUUUCGCUCAGUAUCCUGGGCACGUACGCCGGACCACAGUGGACACCAGCACAAUCCCUGCGAACACCCCUGCUGUCAAUACAGUCGCUUUUGUCUGCACAGCCCUUCUACGACAGCCCACUGAAGAAGCACGCCAACAAGGAACAGACUCGCGAAGACGCAGAAAGCUACAACUCCUUCGUGAAGCAUGAGGUACUGCGAGUCGGGGUUUGUGACAUCGUUCAAGACUGCCUUGAAGAGAAGUCGCCGUACCCUGCCACCCUCCGGGACUUCGUCCUGAAGUCGUUUGCGGACAAAUUUCGGCAAUAUGAAGAUUUCGCAAUUAGCCAGCUUCAUCUUCAUGGCAAGAAGAUCUUUAACCCAUUCAGUAGUGGCCAUGGAAAGUAUAAGUAUGAAGCACUGCUGGCCAAACUGCAAGAACUAAAGCUCCAAGUUGAUCGCCGCAACAAGGCAGCAACAGUUCCAGGCAGUGCAUAA